GGGGCCACAUUCGUCGUAUCUGCAGUUUGCAAAAUGGCAGCAUCCACGUCGUCGUCGAGCUCUGCAAUCAAGGGACAUACUGCAAUUUCAACCUCAACAUUCUAUUCUGUUCCAAAAGAGAGGCCGAAGCGUUUUGUUCAUGCAAACCUGCUGGAUGUUAUCAACCCUAAUGAGAGCGAUUUUUCUGCUGAUGAAAAAAGUGGCAAAAAAGUGUCUGGAGACAGCAGUGAUGAAGGAGAUGCCAUCCAAACUGAGGUAAAAGAAGCCGAGGAAGAGGUUGCUACCUCGACAGAUGCGCCUCCGGUAGAUCGGAUACUGCAGAACAUGAAAAGGCGGUACACAUGGGUGAAGAAGGAUUUUGAUAUCGAGGCAGGUAGUUUCGAGAACAACUCUCCGCUGCCACCUGCAGAGCCGCUGAGUGCAGUGGAAUACUUUGACAUGUUUGUUUCUCGAUCCAUGCUAAAGGCUGUCGUCGAUGAAAGCAAUAAGUACUACUUUCAAAAACAUGGAGCCACUCUAAACCUCACCGUGAAAGAACUUACAUCUGUUCUGGGCAUGUUUUUCAGGAUGGGACUCGUAAACAUGCACAGGGUUCGUGCUUAUUGGGAAAAUGGAAGUACAUAUGAAUUAGUAGCCCAGGUAAUGUCCCGUAACAGAUUUGAAAAGAUCACAAGCCACCUGCAUUUUUUCUAUAAUGAAGCGGCCAAUGACAAAGUAAAAGAAGACGAAUGCUGGAAAGUGCGCCCAUGGCUCAGUUCCUUGAGCAGCAACAUGGUUGUCUUGCCCCAAGAAAAAAAAUCUGCAGUGGACGAAAUCUUGAUCCCUUUCUGUGGGCGGUGUUACAUUCGUCACGCUGCAACAAAGGUUUUCAUGGCAGCCAGGGUGGCUACCAGCUUGGGUUGGAAGCUGGGGUCGUGCUCCAACUGUGUUCCAGCCUACCGAAGCGAGACAACAACCUAG